AUGGCCGUAAUCAAGUUUGCACCGUUAAAUAUUCCUCUAGAAAGACGACUGCAAACGCUAGCAGCUGCAUACUACGUGUUCUUCUUUCUAAUCGCACCGCCGCUCUCAAUAUUCAUUGCUGUUUACCUUUUACUCACUUCUUUUUGGUGGAUCACAGCCUUAUAUUUCAUAUGGUUCGUGUAUGAUUUCCGAACACCAGAACGUGGUGCAAGACCACUGAGUUUCAUUCGGAAUGGCAUCAACUGGCGUUACCUGGCCGAUUAUUUCCCGAUAAAGCUCGUGAAAACAGCUGAACUACCUCCUCAGCACAACUAUAUUUUUGGGUCUCAUCCACAUGGUAUCAUGAGUAUAGGCGCCUACACAUCAUUUUGUACAAACGGAACCGGAUUUUGGGACGCUUUUCCCGGACUGAAAACAUACUUAGCUGCGCUCAACGGACAGUUUUGGUUCCCUUUCAGACGCGAAUGCUUACUUACAUCAGGAAUGAUUGCGUGUUCACGAUCAAGUAUUACGCAUGUUCUGAAUAAUAGUAACGGUGGUGUGGGCGUUGCGAUCGUUUUGGGUGGUGCUGAAGAAGCACUAGAUGCACAUUCGGACUGCUACGAUUUGCUACUGAUGAGGCGGAAGGGUUUUAUCGCGCUUGCACUCGAGACCGGGCACGUCGUGUUCCGUCGCUAUGCAGGCUUCAGCCCGCCAAUCUUCUGUGGUCGAGGCAUGUUUAACUAUACAUUCGGUAUUCUACCGUUCAGAACACCAAUCCAUACAGUUGUUGGAACGCCGAUUGCGGUUGAGAAAAAGCUGAAUCCAACGCAGGAAGAUGUGGAUCGUUUACAUGAGGUGUAUCGUGAGGAGCUGCGGAAAUUAUUCGAUGAACACAAACAAAAAUUUGGCAUCGACAAAAAUGUACAACUGAAUUUCUAUUGA